GACAGCGACACAGCGACCAGAACAAACCGGAGCUCCGAGAGUAACGAACUUCUGCGUUUUAAAGUCUUCUCGGGUUCGUACUGGAUUAUUUACCAAACAACAUGACUUUUGAAGAGCUGCACGGAGAAUAUUCCUCAGUUGAAAGGAUGGAUUCAGUAUCCAAAGCCCUGGAGGAAGUCCUGGCUUCGGCGUUGCUCCGAGGCUGCGUCACGAUCGGCGUGUACGAAGCCGCGAAGUCGAUGAACGUGAACCCGGAUAACGUGGAGCUUUGCGUCCUCGCCACCGACGACGGCGAGGUGAAGGACGUCGCGCUGCAGAUUCACUUCACUCUGAUCCAGGCCUUCUGCUGCGAAAACAACAUCAACAUUUUGCGAGUGAACAACACCAGGCGCUUGGCCAAGAUCCUGGGAGGACCAGCGAAGCCGGGAGGAGAACAAAUGGACCUGCACUGCAUCCUAGUGACUAGUCCACGUGCAUCUACGUGGAAGAACCAGGCGCUGUGGAAAGUGCAGCGCUUCUGCCACGACGGCCGCUGCACGGACCAGUGGGUCCCCGUCAUUAACCUCCCCGAACGAUGAGCCCCGAACCUCACGAACGAGACCAACCCGGGAACCAAAAACUAAAAAAAACUAUAAAUAUGAGAGAAUGUACAGAAGCCUCCUGUGUGUAGCAGAUGUAGGAGCUGGACGUGACCGUGCUCCGGGGGAGGAGGAGGACUGUUUGCUCUGGCACCCCUGUCCUCAUGAUUCAGCAGGGUUUUGUCUUAGCUUCGGCGUGGAUGGACGGGAGGACACGAGUCACGGACCGGACCGACGAGCGGAGACGGAAUCGUUUGAGAGACGACCGUUCAGGGUUCAACCAAAUCUUAGCACCGAGCAACCUGUGCUUUCGGGACCUCAAGGGUGGCGCUUGAAUUAUAUGUGAUUAUCCGAUUGCAGACUUGAUCAUAAUCGUAUUGAAUCGUAUUCUAGUCGUGUUUAGUUUCUCUGCUUGAUGAGGUGAAUGUAGUCAUCAGCUACUUAAAUACUGCACUUUAUAUUCUACUGUUUUCUUUGACUCUGAGCUUAUUUUAUUAUGCUAGCAGGUUAUGGUGUAUUAUAGUGUAGAAUUAAAUCCAGGUUUAACGUUAGUCUAAAUGUAUAUUCUGAAUAAAUCCAGACCAGGGAACUUCAACACUCUUGGCAUGAAAUACAAGCUUGGUUUUACAUGUUAAAGAUUGGUAUAAAUAAACGUAUAUCAUCCAUAUGUCAAAAGUCCGGCCACUCCAGGUUUCAGAAGCUUAAAAUGUGUGUGUGAUUUGACAUUCCCUUGAAUAAAACCAGUGGCAAACAGGAAUUUCCGCCACGUCUACAAUUUGCCAGAGAAAACGAGCCGGAUUUUUUGCUCCUUUGAUCCAAGCGCCAAACUUCCCGAUCAGACCGGAGGCCGAAUUAAUAGAACGGAAGAUGUACGUGUAUUUUAUGUUUGUGCUUUUUACUUAAUUGCUUUAUAAGAUUAUAAACAACUGAGUGACCACGCUCACUUUGAUGAGCAGUUUUUCCCACCAGCAAGCUAAAUAACAUUACGUAGGUUAUUUUGGGCGUGUCAUAAUAUCAGGUCUGUGAUUGGCUAAUCAAAUCUCACUUCGGCUCCCCCUUGUGACCCACAGACGGCUGGCAGCGGGAUUCAGGACAGAGCCGAAAACGUAUUUAUAUGUCGUGUUGCUACUACAGUGUAUUAUUAUUAUUAUUAUUAUUAUUAUUACUGCUGUACUUAUCACUUUAUUGUUAAAUUUAUUUAUAAAAAGAGAAGAGUGUGAGAUAAAAAGGAACUUUAUUACUUUGAGGGUUUUUGAAUGCGGAAGUUAAUGGUUCUGUUUUUGUUUUUAAUUCUUUAUUUAUUUGAUCAGAUUCACUUUGAUUUAAUUUAUGUUAAAAACUUUUCUACUCUCACCAGCGGAUCUGUGGCUGGUGCACGUCUACUCGAUGCAAUAAACAUUUAAAGGUUUUAAAAAA